CCGAACCUAAGCCGCCCAAAGAAGAAAGAAGAAAACAAGUGAGGGAGAGGGAGGAGAACUCUCGUGAGGCAAAGGCACCGUCAUCAUAACCGAUUCGUCAGUGGCCGGCGUUAACUGAAGUCGGGAUACGUUGUUCACCGGAGGAUAGAGGAGCUUCUACCAUCACUUGUUUAUUAGAGGAGGAAGAGUAGAACAGUUCAAGUGGAGGUUUUGGAGACUGAUUUCCCGUCGAACCAGAAGGAGUUGGAUAGCGUUUUUAACGUCUACAGAUAGAUAUUGCUGCAAGGAAUCCAUAGCAAUUAACGGUUUUUCAAACGGAGAUUCAAGUUGGGGUUUUUGGAGGAGAUUUCCAGUCACACCCUAGCAGUCUAGACAGUAUUGACGGUGGUUCUUAACAGAAGAGUUGUCAGGGAAGCCGCCUGAAUCGACAAAGUGGCCGGAAAAGUUUUUGGAGUGCAGUCGCCGUUUCUAGUCGCAAUUUCAGUUUGCUAGUCGCAGUUCUCAAUCACAUUAAAGCAAAGUAUCUUUGGAAGAUUAGCGUUUUCUUAAGCGAUUUUUUGAUGAGUUAUGUUAAAGAAGCACAACACAACCUCAUAGAUGAUGAAUCUGUUCUUCCACAAGACAUACUUUGUAUCUUCCUUCUCAAAAAACUCAGUCUCGCUCAUCCUCUGGACGCAAAUGGUGUUUGUGACCUGUUUCUUAACAUCUUGGAGCAUCUGCCUCGCUGGAAUUCACACUUUGAAGUGAAGGAAGUGGCGAAAAAGAUUUGCAAUAGAUGCAAGAUGGGUAUGGAAUAUCCAGCAUUAUUCGAGAAUCUUACAUUCGAUAAGAUCCUUCAGAUCAUCAGGAUACAUCUUAAGAUGCCUUGUGAUAAGGAAGGAUGUGGGAAAACAAACUAUGUUCAACGCAUGAUAAACAAACUUCCAACUGUUUUCACAAUCGCACUUGAGUGGGAGAACGAUGAGCCUCUAGGAGAGUUAUUCGAUACUACUUCUGUUCUGACAACUGAGAUAGAUAUUAAAACGAUAUACCUAUACGAAGGUGAUAGUGCAUUCACUAAAUACCGUCUUGUCUCAAUGGUUUGCGCGCAUGGAGAUGGAUACAACUGUGUAGCUUAUGAAAACAAUGAAUGGGUCAGACAUUUUCGUUCUGAGAAAGAGGUUAUUGGAGACUGGGAUGGUGUUCUCAGCAAAUUCCGAGAACUGCAUAUUCGACCUGAGAUUCUAUUUUUUGAAAACGGUAUGCAGCAAGACGAGAUUGUAUCCGAGCAGAAAUCUAGAGGCUAAGAGAAGCUUUUUCAAGAGUGUAGGAAAGGGAUUGAUGUAUAUACGGAAAGUUCGAGAACAAUGCGUUGGAGGUGUUGUUGCACCAUUGUGAACAGAGCUUUCAGUGUUUUCUUCCUCAAAAAUUGAACAUCCUGAUUGUUAUGAUCAGUGGAUAAAGAUAGUUAAAUACCAUUCUUCUAAAUUCAACACUUGUGUAACACAACUCAGUCUCAGUUAGCAUUUCUUUUGAUGUA